UGACACACUGAUCACGCUAGUUGCAUUCUUCCACCACUUACCUCUUAAUUAACGAACUAAUCGCGUUUUAGAAGCAGAAUAGAAAAUUUAAAUGUUGCGCAUUUUGGCGUUUUAGUCCAUUUUUGCAUCAAAGCACGUAAAUGAUCAAGCGCUGAUUGGCCCGCUUUCUCAUUAUGCAAGAUUUUGGGCGGAGCUAUCGGAGACGUUUGCACGGUGAAAAAAGAGGAGAGAGUAAUUCGUCCGUGAUCUGUCUAAAUGAACAGCACUUGUUGACUAGCGACGUCUUUUCUAUAUUUACUUAUUCGCCAUGAGUUCGUUUCUUAUCGACGAUAUUCUCUUGAAUAAUAAACCGAAAACUUCCGCACCUUCCCUGCCACCUAAGACUGCCGACACUCCUCCUCUACUCUCUCGACCAAUUCAAACGAGCGACUACUCAGGUCAUCUAUAUUCGCCUUAUCAUACGGCACUUUUACACGCUUUUAGCCCUAGAACUCAUGAACAUGUGCCAUUCCUCGGUUUACAUGGUCCUCAAGGACUAGCUCUGCUGCAACAAGAGGCGGUUGUACGGCAUUGCAGAAGGCGAAAGGCUAGGACAGUAUUUAGCGACCAGCAAUUGAACGGAUUGGAAAAACGAUUCGAAAGUCAGAAAUAUUUGUCUACACCCGAAAGAGUAGAAUUAGCGGCGCAAUUAAACCUGUCGGAGACUCAAGUAAAAACUUGGUUCCAAAAUCGAAGAAUGAAACAUAAGAAGUUACAGCGUAAGGAACACGCAACGGAUGAAAAUAGUCCUGGUGAAGAGGGUAGGAAUUCAACAUUCGACGACGAUGUUAUCGACGUUGGUAUGGAGAGUGGCGAUUCGGAUGUGCCUUAAGAAAAUAAGGAAAUAGGAGAGGAAGUAGAAGAGAACUUUUACUGUUCAUAUAAAUUGUACAGAACAAUUCCCCCCAUAAGACAUGCAUAUCUAUAUCUUAAAAUUAUCCUCAUAUUAUGUAAUAUACGGUGUAUAUGCUUAUUAAAUAAUCUACCGUGUACGAUGGAGCAUACAAGUG